AUGGUUAACGGUAGAGUGAUUUUGAUCGCCGCGUGUUUGGUGUUGUGCGCUUGCGCCCUCGUGGAGGCACAAAGGAGAAGGAGAGGUGCUACCUCUCCCAGCUUUCUGGUUGGGGAACGGCUGAGAAGCUACCGAGCUAGUCAUCAGCAUUUGCCACGAAAUCAGACACGCCGUCCGUAUGAGCACGGUGCUGGUAUUUACCGUGAGAUGGAUAUCAUGGAGAAAAAGGUACGCCAACGGAACGGUGUCGCUCUAACGGCAUUCCCGGACAGUCGCUGGCCCAACGCAAUCGUACCGUAUGUCAUUACGGGAUCGUUCACUGCGGCGGAACAAGCGACAAUUAUACAGGGAAUGGAUCAGAUUGCGGCCAAAACCUGUGUUCGCUUUGUAGCCCGUACGACCCAAGCACUGUACAUUUCAAUCACCAACACGGCCACCGGUUGCUGGUCGUAUGUUGGUCGAAGUUUGUCCAAUGCGGAGAAUCAAGUUAACCUCCAAAACCCAUCCUGUGUCGAUAUCAGCACCGUUGUCCAUGAGCUGAUGCACUCGAUCGGGUUCUACCAUGAGUUUACGCGCCCAGAUCGUGACUCUUAUGUGUCAAUCGACCAGACGGCCCUCGCUCCCGAAUACCAGACGGCCACGUUCUUCAAAGAUAACUUCCAGAAGAUGGCCGACAGCGAAGUCGUCCUGUACGGUCGCCCGUACGACUAUGGCAGUGUGAUGCACUAUUCAAAGUAUGCGGCCGCCGCCAGCCGAUCGAAACCGGUCAUGAACAACCUGCAGCCGUGGACUGGAGACUUUGGCAACGAUUACGGUCUGUCACCGUCCGAUGUCAUCGAUAUCAACUACAUGUACUGUAAUGCUACCUCCACGACUACUGCCGCGGCAACCACGACGACGACGACGACGACUAAGGCGGCCACAACGACGGCUGCUGCUGGUGCGUCGUCUGGAAGUACUACGACGACCACCACUACUACUGCUAGUACGACUGCAGCGCCUACUAGAACCACCACUACCCGUCGCCCAUUCGUUACAAUAUUCCGCCGAGAUACAAGCAUUAUAGGACAAAUCCUAGGUGGCCCCAUCACCACGUUGUUCAAUCUGAUCCGUGGUAUACCGGGAUUCCUGUUCGGGUAA